GGCCGAGAAGCCCGCGGCGGAAGUAGAAGGAGAUUAAGUCAGUGACGUACGUCACGCGAGUCUCGCCGAUGUGAGUUCCACCUGCGGUAAACUUGACCUUCACGCAACCUUAGACUUGAAACGGUGGGGCGCCAAUAAGAUCUCGCCACGUCACCCGACGGAAGUCUUCCUCCAUUCUACGCCCCUUCGUGCCAAUAUAAGCAAACUCUGUAGGCAGGCAGGCCACUUCGUUCAGUAAAGAAAAAUAAAGCAAGAAAUCUGUUGGCUUUGGGUUCGAAACAGAGAAAAGACUAGUAAACUCGCGCUCAACUCCCUCGCUCCGGAACUGCUCUAAGAUUCUUCCGCCGCCGAUCAGCAACUUUGCCCCCUACUCCGGCGGCGAUCGAGUUUCUGUAAGAAGCUUUUCCGAGAAAAAAAAAAUUCUCUUUCUCGUCUGCUCUCUGUUUUUCCCGGAAUUCAAUUGCUCUCUCUCUCUCUCUCUCUCUCUCGCUUCGAUGCUUGUGCGUUUCUCUCCAUUCCCCCCUCCCCUCUUCGUUUAAUCUCUUUGUUGUUCUAUCCAUAAUGUACCUUUUUGAUUCUCCUGGUAGUUGUUUGAUUGCGAAAAUUACGUUUACCUUACCGGGAGAAAGAAAAUUCUGUUGUUCUCAAGGGUUUUGUGGGCUUCACUUUUAGGGGUCCUCUGUUUUCUGGGUGGUUAUCGUUUCUAUCUGUCGAUUCUAGAUGUGAAAGUGAAUAUUCGUUAGUUGCUUUCUAUGAUUCCAUCGCUUUUCCCUCUUUUUCCUGUUCCUUUCUUACUGAUUGGACUCCGGGAAAGUUGAGUUAGUAAUUUUCUCCGGUUAUAGCUUUUCUUGAAUUCCAAGUCUUAUCUUUUAGCUUCUUGGGUUUCUGGGUUUUUUUUUUCUUUUCUUUCCCUCAGGGUUUUGUUGUUGACUUGGCGUACUGGUCUAGUUCUCUGCGUAAGUUGAACGAAACAGGGUAGGGUAGGGGGCGGGGUUAUUUUCUAUCCCUCUGGAGGAAAUUUCUGUGAUGACUGAUCACAAAUUUCCGUCGUCUUUUAAUGGUCUUUAAUUCUUGUUGCGGUUCACUUUAUUUCUGGUUGACUGUAAAUGGAAAGAACGAUCCGGUUUCCUGAACUGUGAGAUUGAUUCUUGUUGAAUAGUUGAGGGGAAAAGUAAAUCUAAUUCCCAUCUCUCUUUCUUUCCCCUGUACUAUUCUGCCAUACCUUCACUCCCAAAGCACCCUUUUUCAUAUCGAUCACACUGACUGACUCCCCAGGAGAAAAGAAACCGAGGGAACAUGGAAACCUCCGAGACUGAAAGGAUCGUGAUGGAGGAUUUGGAUGGUGGCUUCGUCCUUGUUGAUUUCGAAGAAACUCUUGCGGCAAACGACGGAAAUCAUGAGGAAUUGCUGUCUGAUGACGACGAAGACGAAUUGAGCUACACCAACUCUGUUACUCUGACGCUCACCCCUGAAUUUCCAAGGAAGAGAUGGGCAGUGAACAUCCCACCAAGGGAACAACGAAUCAAGGACGUAAUCAAACUCCUUGUCCUCACAUAUCUGCCUGCCAAGUCAGUCUGCAGAUUCAGAGCCGUGUCCAAAGACUGGAACAGCUGGAUAUCCGCGCCAUUCUUCGCCCACGAGCAAUCGCUUCGCUUCACCAAAAUCUCCGGCCUCUUCUCCCAGUUCCCCGGAGAAAACCCAUCCUUCACCGCCCUCGAUUGGCGCUCCUCUGGGGUUCCAAUUCCCUCCCUCAGCUUCCUGCCCGAAAGAGUCGAGGUUCGAGCCACCAAUGGCGGCUUGCUCUGCUGCAGAAGCCAUCUAGGAUCCUACUACAUCUGCAACCCAGCCACCAAGCAAUGGACCAAGCUUCCGGAGCCGAAUAUGUACCACGGACCCGAGACAGCUCUGGGGCUCACCUUCGAGCCUUCCCCAUCCAGCUACUCUGCAAACUACCAGCUCGUUUGUGCUGUUGUGGCCGCCAAUUCCUCAACAAUUGAUGAUGACGAUGAGGAUCGUCUCGUGGUGGUCUCGUUCGAGGUCUACUCCUCGAGGUCCGGUGAAUGGAGGGUGUGCGAUGCAAUGUACUGCGAUGGCGAUUUGGGGACCCCUGAGUUCGUCGGAGACGGGUUGUACUUGAAUGGGUUUGUGCAUUGGGAGACUGGAGGUGGUAAAGUUCUCACCUUUGAUGUGAAGAACGAAGACUGUGGCGUAAUCAAUCUGCCACUCGGCCAUGGCCCUCAGGGUUCGUUGGGGGUUAUGAACGGAGAGCUGUGCUACCUUUUGCCGAGUAUUCGCGGCGGGGAGGUGGACGUUGAAGAAGAAGGAGAUGGGGCCCUGCAGGCGAUCUGGUCGCCGGUGAUUGAAGUGUAUGGAGAUAUGGACAUGAAGCUGAAGCGUGUGAUCAAUGUGAAUUAUGGUGCAGGGGAGUUCUGUGGCAGAGCUUUGGCUCUCGUUGGCGACAAGGUAGUGAUUGCAGUUUUUGGGAACAAGGUUGUGGCUUAUGAUGUGGAAGCUGAGAAGGGGGAAUGGAUUGGGAAUGCGAGGGAAGAUGGGUUUGAGAAGUUUCUGCCGUAUGUGAACAGCCUGGUGGAUGUAAAGGUUGCUGGAUCUGGAGAUAUGGUUUGUGCUUGGUAAGAGGAUUAGUCUGUUGACUCGAUAGUAUGGAGUAUGAGCCAUUUUGGACAUAAGUUGAUUGAAUCCAGGGUUGAAUGUGAUGGGUGCAUAGUUUGAUUUGGUUUAACUUUUCAAUUUCUAAGGUUUUGGUACUUGGAUUUUGAUUCCAUUCCUUGUAAAUAAAUAAGUCAAUUGGCUGAUUGGGAUGAAAUGAGGUUCAUAUAAAUUUCGUUUAUGAUA